GAGCGGAUUGAGUACUCCAAGACAUUCCAGGGGAAAUACUUUAACUUCCUGGGUUAUUUCUUCUCCAUUUACUGUGUGUGGAAAAUCUUCAUGGCCACCAUCAACAUUGUGUUUGACCGUGUAGGGAAGACUGAUCCAGUGACGAGAGGGAUUGAGAUCACAGUUAACUACCUGGGCAUUCAGUUUGAUGUGAAGUUCUGGUCUCAGCACAUCUCCUUCAUCCUGGUGGGCAUCAUCAUCGUCACCUCUAUUAGAGGGCUUCUCAUCACACUCACUAAGGCAAGCCAUCUACAGACAGGAAGUUUUCUUCAUGCCAUCUCCAGCAGCAAGUCUUCCAAUGUACUAGUGCUGGUCCUGGCUCAAAUUAUGGGGAUGUACUUUGUGUCGUCCGUUCUCCUCAUGAGGAUGAGCAUGCCUCUGGAGUAACGCUCCAUCGUGACCGAGGUGCUGGGAGAGCUGCAGUUCAACUUCUACCACCGAUGGUUCGACGUCAUCUUCCUCGUCAGCGCCCUCUCAAGCAUCCUCUUCCUCUACCUCGCCCACAAACAGGCGCCCGAGAACACAUGACCCCCUGACCCCACUCUGAACUUGACCCCCUAGCACAUGACCCCUGACCCCACUCUGAACUUGACCCCCCUAUGCACAUGACCCCCUGACCCUACUCUGAACUUGAUCUUUGACCCUUAGGUUACCUUUCCCAACAUUUCCCUGGAGGCUCAGGGGUGUCCAGAACUGAUCUUUGAUUCUCUGUUGAUUUUGAUCUUCUCUUAAUUAAUCUCUGGUCUGUCUGUGUGGUGGAGAGUAGAGCCUGUACUUCCUGAAUCAGGAAUGGCCGACGUGUGGCCAUGU